AUGCGACGGCGACACAACAUUACCCUAGCGACACUUGCUUGUCUCGGAACCGUAUACCUUGUUGCACAACACCGAUAUGGAUUCUCAUAUGCGCAUGGAGACGGGCACAUUGACGGGAUCGAGAUCCUGCCAUCUGACGGGCACCGUGUCUCCAACCAUGGCGAUGCAUCCGCAAUCGGAGAGAAGGGCCUACUAGACGGUAUUCGGCCGUCCAGUUUAGCCAACGCACAUUCCGCUUCAGGCCUUCAACCGGAACCUUCCUUCGCGGGAGCCUCGCCACCAUUUAGUACGGAACACGUACCCGGAACGAAAUACAAUUUCCAAGAUGAACUCCAACUCGAUCUUCCUACUGCAGUGCUUCAAAAGUACCUGACGCAGAAGCCUCGCAACUACAAUCCCAAUGGUCCGAGAGGGUAUGCUUAUGCGACCUUCCUCGCUACUCGCAAUCCCUCCCUGAAGGACCCAUAUUUCCUCGCUAUCCACUCGCUCAUUUACCGCCUACUCUGGUCGUCCCGCACACGUAGCAAGAAGCACCCCUUCAUCGUCUUCGUAGCCGAGUAUGUCACAGACGAGCAACGUGCGCUGCUCAAAGGAGCUGGCGCGCUAGUCCGCGAACUCCCACCUCUUCAUUGGGAGUGCAAUGUCGACGGCGUAGAAGACCGAUGGAAAGACCUCUUUGCCAAGCUCAACAUGUGGAAAGAGACGGAGUUCGAGCGCAUACUGUUCUUGGACGCUGAUGCUUUUCCGCUGUCGAACAUGGAUGAGAUGUUUGAGCUUGCGCCGAUACAAGAAUGCAUACCGGAGAAGCUGCAUCUCGACGACUUCCUAGAGGAUGGUCCAGUGUGCGAGCCUUACAUCUUCGCUGGUGUUGCGCAAGACCUUGAUGCUAAGCAUCCAAACAUCAAUGUUGGUUCGAUGGUCUUCACUCCCUCUUCGCGCAUGCACGCUCGGCUUCUGCAGAAUUAUGUAAAGACCGACAACUACAAUUGUUUGAUGGCUGAGCAAGCAUUCUUGAAUUGGCAGUUCGGUCCUGAGGGCGCAUACCCAGGGACGAAGUUGGAAAGGCAAUGGGGCGGCUUCUUUCCCACCGAGGGAGAGGGCGAUGGCUCGUUGAAGGUAGUCCAUGAGAAGCUUUGGGUCGCAGAACAUGGGUGGAUGAAGGAUGAAUGGGAGAAAGGAUGGAAGGAUAUGAUUGCGUUCUAUGAAAGCAAGAACUUUGCGAAUGCGAGGAAGAGUGAUGGUAUCAUUGUUGAGAGCAAGUGA